AUGGCGACCGCUCGAAUCGCGCGCGUCGCGCCCGCGCGCGCCGACGCGCGCGCGAGGCGCGCGCGAGGCGCGCGCGCGUCGUCGACCGCGCCGUCGACGCCCGCGCGCGCGACGCGCCGACGCGCCGAGGCGCCGAGGCGCGACGAGAGGCUCGAGGUCAUCACGUUUGACCUCGACGACACGCUCUGGCCGACGACGCCCGUGGUGAACGCGGCGAACGAGGCGCUGAUCGAGUGGUGCUCGGCGCGAUUGGGAGGGCGGUUCCCGCGCACGGCGCGCGUGCACGCGACGAUGAAACGGAUCCGCGAGCAGCGGGAGUGCGAGGCGGCGGCGCGAGGGACGACGGCGGAACCGAUGUCGUACGCGGCGAUACGAAUCGCGGGAGCGACGCGGGCGGCGAUCGAGUGCGGGAUACCGGAGAGCGAUGCGGUGGCGACGGUGGCGCGGGGGUAUCACCUGGCGUGGAUACCGAUGCGGAACGCGAUGGCGCGGGAGUUGGUGUAUCCGGGCGCGGCGGAGGCGCUGCGAGCGAUUCGCGAGCGCCAUCCGGGGGUGGCCGUGGGAUCGAUCACGAAUGGAUUCGGCAGCGCCGCGGGCGCGGGGUUGGGAGAGUUUUUUGAUUUUGAAAUCUCCGCCGAGGCGCUGAUCGAUGAACACAUGGUGCACGGAGAGAUGGCGAGGAAGCCGAACGCGUACCCGUUUCAGCUCGCGAUGGGCAUCGCGAUCGCGGAUCAUGGGUAUUCGGGCGACGCCGAUUCGUGGACGCACGUCGGCGACGAUGUUCUGAACGAUUGUUACUGCGCGAAACAGUUCGACUUCAAGACGGUGCACGUGUGCGAUCCGACGACGAAACCGUACGAGAGCGGAGGGGGGGCGCCUUACGCGGAAAAGUCGCUUCGAGGAGGGGUCGAGGCGAACAGCGACGCGGUCGUGGACGGCGUCAUCUCGCACGUGCGCGAACUCCCCGAGCUCCUCGAUCGAUGGUACGUGUAG